GAAGACUUUCCGACUUCACUCCUCCAGCACCCGAUAUCGCUGGCAUCCUCGGUAUCUGCGCCGGAGAAAGACACGGUUUCACUUGUCAUCCUACUUGACCAGUUGCUAUCAUUGCAACUAUCAGUAGCCGAGCUGCCAUACGCCAUCGGUAGCCGAGUCCGCCGUGCGACGUCUCCGCAUCGCUUCUCACGAGCACGCGAUCUGUCCUCCGCAGCUUCGCGAUUUUCAACAUCAUCUCUCUAGAGACAUUGUAGCGCAUUGUGCAAGAUGUCUCAACCCGCAGCAGCAGCCGGCGCUCGCCCUGCUGGCCAGCAGCAGGAGCAAGGCGGCAUAAGCUUGACGCAAAAGCUGCUACUUGGAGCUUCUAUGUACUUCGGCAUGAACUUGCUCAUGAACAAUAUGUUCUCCAAGACGCAAUCCGGUACCCAGGUCAAAGAUGCCGACGGCAAUGUUGUCAACGUACCCGCGAACACCGAAGACAUUCCGCCCUACCUGCUCCGCCCUAAGGAAUUGGACGAGGGUGCGACCUGGAGCCAGAUCCCGCGCAAGUUGGCACCUAUAUGGCCAAUGGAUAGCUACAUCGACGUGACCGUCACCCUUUCCGACACCUUUGUUCCGAUUCCUCUGGCCCAAACGCCCCCGGAAAAGGUUGUUCUUAAGGAGGAGAAAUUCAAAAUUGGCAACUACAGCGAAAAACGCUCCAUUGAUACCACUAUCGAGGUACCGCCCUCUGUGCAGAACAAUGGUACUCUCUGGGGCCACUUCUACGUUUCACUGCCCGGUAGCCAGCCCGAUCCUCAUGUUGAGACCUACGACCCAGCCUCUGCCUAUUACUUUGCGUUCCCUCUCACUCAGUACAUCCCCAAGAAGAAGGAGUUCAAGACCAGAUCCCUUCUCGAGGGCAAGGCCGAGGAGGUGGUGGAAGAGGUGGCAGAGGAACAGGAGACUGGCCCCGUCAUUGCCAGUUACUACCACCCGAAUGCCAGCUUCUCCAUCAUCCCAAACACUGGAGUGCUCGAUUACCGCCAAACCCAUCCCGCGAUUCGCCAGUUCCUCCAUGUCGAGCCGACUGGUGCCAGAGAUGGCUCCGGCCAGCAUUCUUGGUAUUACCCUAUUCUGUUUGUCAAUACCUUUUGGCAACUUAAGAGUCAAAUGAUCCUGCUCAAUGACACCGUCACGUCUGUUCCUCUGCACAUUGAUUUGAACAACAUGCGUUCAUGGCAAUUCAACACUCUGGCCGCGAUUGAGGCCAGUGCCAAGGAGUCGGCACGCCAGGCUGCUUACGGCGGAUCGCUGCCCGGUGGCGGCGACGGCUCUGAGAUUGAAAUGGUCAAGGAGAUCUUUGGCGACACGAACCCGAUUCUCCUCGGCAUUACCAUUAUUGUCAGUAUUGCGCACAUGAUCCUGGAGACGCUUGCUUUCGGUUCCGACAUUGCGCAUUACCGCAAGAAGAAGGAUAACGUCGGCAUCUCGGUCCGUUCCAUCCUGGCGAACGUUUUCAUGCAGUCCGUGAUCCUGCUUUACCUCAUCGACAACUCGCAAAAUACCAGCUGGAUGAUUCUGGGUGGUCAGGGUAUCGGCAUCGUUAUUGAGCUGUGGAAGAUCACCACCAUUGUCAACGUUGCAGUCAAGGCUGCGCCAGCAGGCUCAUUGCUGCCGUUCAAGAUCGUCGUCGAGGACAAGCACAAGCUCAGCGAGACGGAGGAAAAGACCAAAGAGUACGACGAGAUUGCCUUCAAGUAUAUGUACAUGGCGGGUGUGCCUCUGCUCAUCGGUUACGCCAUCUACUCGCUGGUCUACGAGACGCACAAGUCUUGGUACUCGUACAUUAUCGCCACGCUCGUCGGAUCGGUGUAUGCUUACGGCUUCCUCAUGAUGGUUCCUUCGCUUUACAUCAACUACCGACUCAAGAGUGUUGCACACAUGCCUGGCAAGGCCAUGAUCUACAAGUUCCUCAACACCUUUAUCGACGACCUUUUUGCAUUCACCAUCAAGAUGCCGUUCCUCCACCGUCUGUCGACUUUCCGCGACGACAUCAUCUUCUUCAUCUACCUCUACCAGCGCUGGGCUUACAGAAUCGACUACUCUCGUGUCAACGAGUUCGGCCAGGGUGGUGAGGAUGAAGAGGACGAUGCGGCUAAGGCCAAGGCCAAGGAGCUGCUUGAGACCGACCCCACUGUCGAGAAGGUAAAGCAAGUGGCGGGUAAGGCUACGGGUGCCGACACCGGCAAGGCGAAGAAGAGAAAGUAAAUAGUUGAUGUUAUACGGCUGAGGAAGAGAGUGCAGCCAGUAUCUUGUACAUCAGGGGGUCGGGCACAAGUAAUACACAUGAGCCUUGGCAGCUACGUGUCCAGAGUACUGCCUAAUGACUAGCAUGGAUGGGACAUAACUAGUCGAGACAUGAGGCUACAAAUGUGAUCAAGUCCAGUCUUCAUCGCAACUCACAUAUCUCGCGCAUGGUGCAUCUCAUAUGCAAAAGCACAUCAAACUACCACAUGCACGCUUGGACAGAGGACGAGACGACUAAGAAAGUGUUGAGGAAAAGCAACAAGUAAAUGUUCAGCUGAAAAGGGGGCUCCGCAUGUCUGUGUACAAGGGAGACCGGACAAGCCAAGUCAAGUGAAAAUCUGGGCAGAAGAUCCAAC